CAUCUCUCAUGUCACUCUACAGAGCCAGAGGAUGAUAAGAGCCUGGAGCCGAGAUAAGAAAGGACUAAAAUACGUCGGACUACGUAACACCCAAGCUGUAUGUGCCUUUCUCUAAGAGAUUAAACAUGGGAGUGGAGGUCUGUGUGCAGAGGAUUUGGAGGUGGAAGAAAUCACUACUACGCCCAUCCUUAGUCGAGUGCGGUGGCAUCUUUGUGAACUACGCCGGACUGCUUUAUGGAAUGAGUUGAUUCUAUCACCAAGCAGACAAAGAGACUGAAGACGGUGGUCUCAAAAGUCCAAGGGGGCUCUUGUUGGAUUUUUUUUAAGUAACUUUUUGAAAAAUAGAUUCCAGCUGGACUUUGUUCGAUAUUAAACAACUUCCAUCGACUGGCUUGAAGGUGAACUUUUUAUUUGGUCCCCCCUCCUUAACUCAGCCGGUUCAGAUUGAAACGUUGGAUCUGUCCUUCCUGCCACCAUCCCCAGUUUCUUCCACCCACCCAGUGCCUAAAUAAGYCUCCUCUCGGGACAGUUGCAGAAGUGUUCAGCAGCUGCUGCGCUCAGUCCUCCGCCUGUUCCCCUCCAUGUUCCUCUGCUCCCUGCCCGAUGGACUACCUCCUCAAUGUUUAAAUAUAUAAAUUUUUUUGCAUGACCAGAUAAUCAGAACUCAAGCACAGCAAUGAGCUUUUUGUAAACRCACAGCUUUGGGAGUGGAGAGAAACUUAGUUUGCUUCAGUUUUGUGCACAAGUGUUUGUCGUUUUUGUGUAUUCACAGCAGUGUUGAAAUAAUUGCGUUGCACCAAAUACAGACACAUCUAAGCCAUACGGAAAGAAAGCAUAACGAAUGACCUUUAUUUUUCUAUCACUUUGCUUGUAAAGAAUUUUAAGAUUAUGCACACAAAUUAAUUAUUUUACAAAAAGCCGUGCACAUACUGUAUUAUAUAUUGUUUAAAAAAAUACUGUUUUCAGUCUGUGCAAGGUUUAGAGUCUGGAUUCAGAAAAAAACCCCAUGUUUCCACUCGGUUGCUGCUUUGCAUAGUGUUGGUUUUCUUUCCCAGUGUGAAGUCAUGGUCCCUCCUGUCAAACAAACACCAAUAUUACCAUUUUGACCUGCAAAGCACCCGUUUACUGUAGGCCGACAGCAGAUAUCUUCCUCCCCUCUCUCUCUGUCUCCGACUCUGAUGCCUGGGUUCAGUGGUGGGGGAGGAGUAGGGGGUCCUGCUUCUGCUCCUCCCCGUCCGUUUCGACCAAGCCGAUACGUCCCGGUGUCCGCAGCCACCACCUUCCUUGUUGGAGCCACAACCCUCUUUUUCUGCUUYACGUGCCCGUGGCUGUCAGAGUUCAUCUCCUCUGUCAUUCCUCUCUACAUCGCCGUAAUCUUCCUCUUCACGCUCGCCAACUUCUGCAUGGCCACGUUCAUGGAUCCUGGGAUCUUCCCCAGAGCAGAGGAAGAYGAGGAUAAAGAGGACGAUUUCCGGGCUCCUCUGUACAAAACGGUGGAGAUCCGAGGCAUUCAGGUGCGAAUGAAGUGGUGCUCAACCUGCCGCUUCUACCGCCCGCCGCGCUGCUCGCACUGCUCGGUCUGCGACAACUGUGUGGAGGAUUUUGACCACCACUGUCCUUGGGUGAACAACUGCAUCGGUCGGAGGAAUUAUCGCUAUUUCUUCCUCUUCUUGCUGUCUCUGACCACCCACAUCAUCAACAUAUUCGGGUUUGGUUUGGUUUACGUUCUGCACCACCGUCACCAGCUGAACACGCCUCACGCUGCCGUCACUAUGGCUGUGAUGUGCGUGGCCGGUCUGUUUUUCGUUCCAGUCGCUGGCCUGACUGGGUUCCACAUCGUUCUGGUGGCCCGCGGCAGAACCACAAAUGAGCAGGUAACUGGGAAGUUUCGAGGAGGAGUUAACCCUUUCACCAAGGGCUGCUUCAGGAAUAUUUCACAUGUGCUCUGCAGCCCUCUGGCCCCCAGAUACGUGGGCCGGUGGCAGAGCCGUCAGGCACUGGAAGUACAGCCACCAUUUCUUAGACCGUCUCUCACCGAGGCCCAGUUAGAAGCCAAAAUCCUGGAUAACGGCGUUCAGAACGACCGGCACAGCACCAGGUCUAAGAGCAGUCUGGAYCAGAUGGAGAGCCAGUCAGCCGACGCAGAGCCUCCACCUCCUCCAAAGCCAGACCUUCGUUAUCCCGGCCUGCUCCACACAGAAACAGAAGAGAGCAGCUUGUUGACUGAGGCUCCGCCCACUCCUUCAAUGUACAAGUACCGACCAGCCUACAGCAGCCCGGGAAGGAACCACGCUGCCCCCCAGCACCUAACUAAGAUGACCCGUGGGGAGAGUCUCGACUCUCCGUCUCCCUCCAUCCUCCAGUCCAGCCGUCAGCCCAGCUACCGCUCGGAGCCGAGCAGCCUGGACGGGGCCACAGCGGUGGGAGGAGGUGUAGGGGUGCGCAGAGGGGGAGGGGAGAGGGGCGAGGGCCCCGGAGGCCCUGGCAGGACUGCUGGUGUGGUGUCGGGUUACUCCCUGACUGGGCGCUCCUACACCUCCUACCCAUCCUCGCUGGUCCUGUCCACCGGCGGCUCCCACUCAUCCAGCCUGCGUUCAGCCCAGACUGUCCACAACCCGCUGGCCACGCUCCAAUCAGAGGGCACCACAGACACCAGCUACAAGAGCCUGGCCAAUCAGACRCCUCGAAACGGCAGCCUGUCCUACGACAGCCUGCUGACGCCAUCCGAGAGCCCGGAGUUYGAGUCGGCCGCCCACGAGCUGUCGCCGCUGAAGCCUCGCGUGCCGUUCCACCUGUCGCCGGUCACGGGACCCCCGGAGGCCGUGUCACCCAGCAGCCCGCUGCAGGGCUACACGUCGCCCUUCCUCUCGGCUCAGAUCGCUCAGCAGAGGGAGGGGCAGCUGCUCCAGGGCUCCACCACUUUCUCCUCCCCCCACAGGGCCUACCUGCGUGCYGUCGGCCCGACACCCCCCUCCUCUCUGGGGCCUCCCGAGGCCCACCACCUGCUCCAGCACAACCAAGACCUCGCCCCCCGAAACGCCCGUAACUCUUCCUCCUCGUCCUCCUCCCCCGGGGCCCGCUCGCUGGAGGCCCCCGUCUCYCCGCCGCCUCGCGGCCUCUCCCUCUCCAAGUCCCCAUCCCACAYGGGGGAGGUGGGGCCGCAGCACAAGCUUCGGCCCGCGGGAGGAGGGGGAGGGGCUGGAGGAGGGCAACAGGCUCCACAAUCCACCUCUCGCCCGGCCCUGGCCAAUCACAGCACAGCUAAACCAGGGGGCGGGGUGAAGAAGGUCACUGGCGUCGGAGGGACCACGUACGAGAUAUCGGUCUGAGUGACGAACAUCACAGAGGAGGGAGGGGCCGCCGGACUUCUUGCACUUAUUUUCCCCUCUUUCGUAAGCUGGAUAUGUUUCAUGACUGAAGGCCUCUGCUGUUCUGUUGGGACUCGACGGGCRGGGGGCCGGACCCGUCUGGUACUCACUCUACUUCAUGAAAUGAUGCUGGCCUGUCUCCACAGAGCCUUUCAGAUAUAACAGACAGAAACUGGAGGUUUUAAAUCUCUCACAGGAUCAACUGUUUCACUACUUUGAUGGAGGCAGCCUGGSUUCAAACCAACGGUUCCUGUUUGCUCCUUCACUUUGGUACAUUAACUCAGACAUUUGACAAGGAUGGUCUUUAUCCACGAGAGGUAGGAUUAAAAACUGCUGACCAAUCAAAUCAUCCGAACGGACCACCCGGMGGGACCUUCAAACACAGUAUCAUUUAUGUUUUAUAUGUAUUUUUUUAAGAUAUCAUUUUAUAUAAAACGUACAGAUUGAGUUGGACGAUCGGAGGCUGUUGAUGAGGGUUCUGGACGUUAUCAUGGUUUCAGACCAGUUGCCGGUUUUUUUUUUUUUUUUGUAUUUCUGUUUUUGUUUUACAAUCGAUGGCUGCAUCAGCCACCACCUGCAAGAAUUCUCAUCAUCCAAAGAAAACGAUGAUGCUUGACGGACACCAGAAGUGGCUGAUAAUCAAAAUUAUUGUUUAAAAAAAGAGAGGGAAAAAAAAGCCACAAAGAAAUUUUAAUUCUCACAACUGCAGCACAAACGUCUUUGUGGAAUGUACGCUUGUAACGUUUGUGCUAGAGACAUUAUGCAAAAAUCUGUUUGUAGCUUUAAAAUUGUCUUUUUUUAGUGUUUUUUUUUUCUUUUUCGUCUUUUAAUUUGUCUAUCAGUAAAUAUCAACGACCUUAAAUGGGUGUUUUAGCCAAAUAGGAAGCAGCGAGGGAAGGGCUUAUUUAUUUCAGAGGAGAAAAGCAAAUAAAAUCAGAAAUCUGAAGAUAUUUUAUAAGCAGAACUUUAUAAAUAAAACAUGAGAUGCCAUUUAGUAGAUUGCA